CGAAUAUCGCGCAUGCGCGCAGUACUGAAGCGGCCUCGGCAUCAGGCCUCGGGAUCUCGCCUCCAGGUUAAAAACAAGAAGCAACUUGUCUCCUGGAAUCUCAAACACGGCACGCCAGUUUUGCUGUCUCUGUCUGGAUAUUUAAGAAGUGGAGCAAGGGUUUCAAUCGACCAUCCUUCCUGCUCAGACCGUGGGGAGGGAUUCACUCAGUCAUUUGACCAACUGGCACACCUGUCAUUUUAAACAGGGGAAAGGCCUUUCAUCUGCUCAGACAGUGGGAAUAGAUUCACUCGGUCAUCUCAAUUGAAGGUACAUAAGCAAGUUCACAGAAAGGAUUCAGUCGGUCAUCCCACCUGUGGACACACCAGUCAGUUCACACUGGGCAGAGGCAGGUCAUCUGCUGAAUUUCUGGGAAAGGAUAUCUCAACUGAAGGUCCAUCAGCGAGUUCACACCAGAGAGUUCACCUGCUCAGACUGUGGGAAGGGAUUCAUUUGCUCAUCUAAACUGAAGGUACUUCAGCGAGUUCACACUUGAGAGAGGCCAUUCACCUGCUCAGACUGUGGGAAGGAUUCGCUCGGUCAUCUGACCUAAUGGUACACCAGCGAUUUCACACUGGAGAGAGGCCGUUCACCUGCUCAGACUGUGGGAAGGGAUUCACUCAGGCAUUUCACCUACUGAGACACCAGUCAGCUCACACUGCAGAGAGAGAUUUCACCUGCUCAGACUGUGGGAAGAGAUUCUCGCAGUCAUCCUACCUACAGAGUCACCAGCGAAUUCACACCGGUGAGAGGCCGUUCACCUGCUCAGUCUGUGAGAAGAGAUUCACUCAUUCAUCCACCCUACAGAAACACCAGUCAGUUCACACUGGGGAGAGGCCAUUCACCUGCUCAGUCUGUGGGAAGAGAUUCACUCGGUCAUCCACCCUACAGAGUCACCAGCGAGUUCACACUGGGGAGAAGCCGUUCACCUGCUCAGAAUGUGGAAAGAGAUUCUCUCAGACAUCCCACCUACAGAGACACCAGUCAGUUCACACUGGAGAGAGGCCGUUCACCUGCUCAGACUGUGGGAAGAGAUUCACUGAGUCAUCCAACCUACUGGUACAUCAGCGAGUUCACACUGGGGAGAAGCUGUUCACCUGCUCAGUUUGUGGGAAGGGAUUCUCUCAGUCAUCCCACCUACAGAGACACCAGUCAGUUCACACCAGGGAGAGGCCGUUCACCUGCUCAGACUGUGGGAAGAGAUUCACUGAGUCAUCCCACCUACUGGUACAUCAGCGAGUUCAUACUGGGGAGAAGCUGUUCACCUGCUCAGUUUGUGGGAAGGGAUUCACUCGGUCAUCCACCCUACAGAAUCAUCAGCGAGCUCACACUGGAGAGAAGCCAUUCACCUGCUCAGACUGUGGGAAGGGAUUCACUCAGUCAUCCCACCUACUGGUACAUCAGCGAGUUCACACUGGGGAGAAGCCGUUCACCUGCUCAGACUGUGGGAAGAGAUUCACUGAGUCAUCCCAGCUCCUGGUACAUCAGCGAGUUCACACUGGGGAGAAGCCGUUCAACUGCUCAGACUGUGGGAAGAGAUUCCGUCACUCUUCCACCCUCCAGAGUCAUCAGCGAGUUCACGCUGGGGAGAAGCCGUUCGCCUGCUCAGAAUGUGGGAAGAGAUUCACUGAUUCAUCCAGUCUACAGAGACACCAGCGAAUUCACACUGGGGAGAAGCCGUUCACCUGCUCAGAAUGUGGGAAGAGAUUCACUGAUUCAUCCAGCCUACAGAGACACCAGCGAGUUCACACUGGGGAGAAGCCCUUUUCCUGCUCAGUCUGUGGGAAGAGAUUUACUCAGUCAUCUGAUAUACGGAGUCAUCAGCGAGUUCACACUGGGGAGAAGCCGUUCACCUGCUCAGAAUGUGGGAAAGGAUUCACUCAGUCAUCCCACCGACUGGCACACCAAUCAGUUCACACACGGGAGAGGCCGUUCACCUGCUCAGUCUGUGAGAAGAGAUUCACCAACUCUUCCAACCUACAGAGACACCAGCGAGUCCACACUGGGGAGAAGCCAUUCAUCUGCUCAGUCUGUGGGAAGAGAUUCACUCGAUCAUCCGCCCUACAGAGUCACCAGCGAGUUCACACUGGGGAGAAGCAGUUCACCUGCUCAGAAUGUGGGAAAGGAUUCACUCAGUCAUCCCAACUACUGGCACACCAGUCAGUUCACAGUGGGGAGGGGCCGUCGUUAUGAAUCCCUCGGUUUUGUUUGCUGUGGACUGUUGUUUUGAGAGAGAGAGAUUAAGAAGGCUAAUUAGUCUGAUUUGCAGCUUGUUUACAUCGCUCGCAGCUUGUUUAGUUUUAAUCGAGGGCACAGACACUAAGAGUUAGACGGAGACGAAGGAAGAAAAGUGGAAGGAUCAAAACCAGGGAACUAGUGGCAAGGGUCACUGUUUAGAACUUUCCUGUGCCCACGUGGGUGGGUUAAUGAUCGAUUCAGCGUACAUCGCAUGUGUGGUUGUCACCUUGUUCAAUCCAUAGGAGUGGAUUGGAUUUGGGGUAUUCUGUGAAAACCACUUAUUUGUCCUUGCCUGAGUGUGGUCUGGUAAUUCACCUGAAGAAGAUACCCCUUGUGACAAGUCACUUUUGAUGAUAAUUCGUACGUGGAUUUGGAACGACGACGAAUAAAAUCUACAGCGACUGUUCUCUCAUUUUACUACCGUGGAACCUGUGGAAAUCGACAUAAUUGCCUUCUCUUGACAUCUACCCUGGAUUACAAAUAUCUCUCGCUCAUCACCUAUUUCAUGGAUGAACUGAAUUUUCAUACUUUACCAUCUCAAGACUCUAAGCCUUGUUUCCUCAGAGCUCAACAGUUUGGGAGUUAUAUUUAAACACAUAUAUACACAUAAUACAUACACAUAAUACUGUUCACUUUUCUUUAUCUUGCUUAAGUUACUAUCUCAUAGGUAGAUACUCGUAAAGACAGUGAUUUUAACAUCAAAACCAGACUCCAGGUGUAGUCUAUUGCUGCUGAUUCGUUUCUAAAGCGUUACGGUUCAUAACAAAAUUGGGGCCUGUGUUCGGGAUAGGAACAAAUUUAGGGGCGUAUUUAUUGAUUAAUUAUUGAUUUCAUUGGGAAAAUCCAUUUUGAUUUAUUUGUGUGUGGAAAAUCAGCAGCAGUGGAUGUUGUUGGAUUUCUGGAAGCGCCAAUUUGCUAAGGUGAAAUUGACAAUGAGGAGGGCACAGAGAGGCAGAAAAACAGAGAGAGGAAGCAGAAAGACAGAGGCUGUUCGAGCUGGAAAAGAUGGAGAGAUUGCAGCAAAGGGAUCUGGCAUUAGACUCUGGUGAUAAGUUUGAGGCCAGUCGGGAAGUUAAAUUGCUACCUCCAUUUGAUGGAGCAGAAGUUGAUAAAUACUUUAAGCAUUUUUAGAAGUUUGCUCGUAAUUUAAAGUGGCCAAAACAGGGUUGGCCUAUUCUCUUACAAAGUGUAAUUAAGGGGAAGGCUUAGCAAGAUUAUUCUACUUUGACAGUUGAUGAAGCAGCUGUUUUGGACAUAGUGAAACAGGCUGUGCUCAAAGCUUAUGGGUUGGUCCCAGAAGCAAAUGUUUAGAAAUUUGAGGAAAUCUGUUAUAUGGAAUUUGCUUAUGAGAAGUCUGUGUGUUUUGACUGCUGGUACACAUAUAAAAAUGUAAAUGAUGACUUGUAACAGCUUGAAAGAGUUGGUUUUAAUUGAAGAAUUCAAAAGGUGCAUCCCUGAUGACAUAAAGACAUAUUUAGAUGAAAAGGAUGCUGCCACUUUGCAGGUGUCUGCUAGAUUAGCAGAUGAGUUUGCUUUAACUCAUAUGGUUAAGUUUACCCCGAAUAAGAGCUUCCAAAAGAGUAGCAGGGAUAACCAGGGUAAACCAGAAAUUAAAGUUGGGACUAGUGACAAGAGUAAAGAUGAAGGGAAGCAGUUGAAGGAGAAAAAUUCUGGUCUUACUUGUUACUAUUGUAAGAAAGCUGGUCAUAUGAUGGCUAAUUGUUCCGUCCUGAAGAAGAAAAAGGAAAGGGAGGCAGUCCCAAAUGCCCAUGAUCAGCAGGUUGAAGCACUUAUAAACCCACAGGGUUCUGAACAUUUUGUUGAGGACUGAAAGGUCUGACCGAGUUAAGAAGGGAUUUGAUCAUUUUGUGUCAGAUGGGUUUGUAUUAUUAAAGGAAGGGUCAACCCCGAUACCAGUGAAAAUUCUUCAAGAUACUGGGGCUUCUCAGUCACUUAUAUUAGACAGUGUUCUAAAGUUUGGUGCUGAGACUAACAUUGGUGAGGUAAAUCUUAUUAAAGGCAUUGGGGGCGGCAUGGUUUCUGUGCCAUUGCGCAGGGGAACUUUACAGUCAGGGUUGGUUUCGGGACCUGUUAAGAUCGGAUUAUGCUCCAGUUUACCGGUGGAAGAUGUUACUUUACUGUUAGGGAAUGACCUGGCAGAUGGUAACGUUGUUCCUGCAGUGUAGUUGACAAAUAAGCCAACCACUGACGACCCACAGAUGGACUUUAACAUUUAUCCUUCCUGCGCAGUAAUUCAAAGUAUGGCUAAGAAGUCUGCCAACGCAGACGGUUCUGUGCAGCAUGAUUCUGAUACCCAUGACAGCCAAAAUCGGGAUUCGAGUUAUGAUGACUUGUCAGGGACUUUUCUACCUUCAUUGUUUCAACAGGAUACAAGUAGUAAGUCUGAUGAAAAAGAUUUAUCCCUGUGUAGGAUGGAGUUUAUAGCAGAACAGAACCAAGACCCUGAGAUUGAAGCUUUAAAAGAAACAGCUCUCUCAGAUAAUGAGAUUAAGAAAGUACCAGUUGGCUGUUAUCUCAAGGAUGGAGUGUUAAUGAGGAAGUGGAGGCCACCUGCUAUACCUGUGAGUGAGGAAUGGGCAAUUGUUCACCAAGUUGUAGUCCCUAAAGUUUAUAGGACUAAAAUUUUAGCUUUGGCCCACAGUAUGCCCUGAGGUGACCAUUUCGGACUGAAUAAAACUGUAAACAGGAUUAUGAAACAACUUUACUGGCCUAAUUUGAGGAAAGAGGUUGUGACCUUUUGCAGAACCUGUCACACUUAUCAAUUUGUGGGUAAACCUAAUCGGGUCACCCCAGUGGCCCCACUCCGGCCUAUACCUGUAUUCGGUGAACCCUUUUCCAAAGUUACAGUGGAUUGUGUUGGCCCAUUGCUAAAGACUGAAUCUGGCCAUCAGUAUUUGCUAAAUAUUAUGUGUACUGCAUCCAGAUUCCCAGAGGCAAUACCUCUCAGAAAUAUUAAAGUUAAAACUGUGGCGAAGGCUCUUACCAAGUUUUUUACUUUAUUUGGUUUACCAAAAGAAAUCCAGUCUGAUCAAGGAAGUAAUUUUACAUCUGGAUUGUUCCAGCAGGUAAUUUAUGAACUGGGAACUAAACAAGUUACAUCAUCUGAGUACCAUCCGGAAUCACAAGGGGCUUUAGAAAGAUUUCAUUCUACCCUCUAAACAAUGAUUAAGACAUACCAUGUUGAAAAUGGGAAAGACUGGGAUGAAGGAAUACAUUUGCUUUUGUUCGCGUUAGGAGAGUCAGUACAGGAAUUACUGGGCUUUAGUCCUUUUGAACUUGUAUUUGGCCAUAGAGUGAGGGGAACUUUGGCCUUGUUAAAGGAACAGUGGAUUGAUGGGAAUGUACAUGUUAACUAUGUUUUGAAGUUCAAAAAUAAACUACACCAAGCUUGUAGUCCAGCGAGAUAAAACUUAAAGAUUUCGCAAAACAAAACAGCAUUUUCCUCCCCCGAAAACGGAGAUUUUCUACAACGCCCUCCAGAGUGUGUAAAUUUGAAAAUGCCGAUUGUGCAGAGCAGUGUGGACAGGGUAAACGGAUAUUUUUAAAAACACUGUCAUGACGUGCCAGAACAGAUGGCUGCAGCGCGGCAUUUCAUUGUUUUCUUGAACACAACCCCCCACACAACCUAACAAUUUCAGAACAGAUGGCAACAAUACUGAAGCCAGAAAAGUUAGAAAUGUACUUACCAAAUACUUUGACCCAUAGCUUACUGAAUAAAUAGGUAUACUAACUUUGCCCUGUUUCUGUCCUUGCUUGUAUGAAGGUAGUUUACCUAUUUAUGCAAGUACUUCUUUGACAAUAGAUGCGUAACAGCCUAAUGUAACAUUGUAUGGAAAUGCAAGAUAACACUGAUGUAGACAUGUUUUAUACAUUUAACAAGGUGCUUUAUUUGUCAUGGUCUCUUCUGGCAAUCCCCCACCUUACUAUUUACCUCAGGAAUUGGUCUUCAAUCCCCUCAUUUAAUUUCCAGUCAUUCCUAGGUUCCACGAACUACAUACACCUGCUUUCCAUCAGAAAAUACAGGAUAAAGACCCUGUGAUCAAAACAACGAGCUGUCAGUUCAUUGGUCGACCCCAGUGUGAGUAACCUUGUUUCAUGGUUCAUAGGGCCAUUAGUUCUAAGUCUAGCAUCGCUCCUGGAUUCUCUCCAAACCCAAGACUUCAGGUAUAUACUCUCCUGGAAACCCAUUCCACGCUCACUACGGUGAUAACGCCUCCCGAC